AUGAAGAGGCACCAGUGCAGAGCGAGCAGAGCGAGCCCACCACGAGUUCUUCAAUCCAAAAAGUCCAUGAAGUCCUUGGCGUCUCUCGAGCCGGACACCAUUGAGAGACUCAUGGACUUCAGCGACCUCCAAGAAGAGAUAAAGAUGAAAGUCAAAGAAAACAAAGCUGUUUUGGACGACGAAGCGCCAGCUGCAACGCGAAGAAGGAGGCGUGAGAUUAACAAGAAGCUCCGAGAACUGAAGCGCAAAUACAAGGAUAAGAUGACCGCAGUAGUCGAAGGCGAAGAUCCGAUGGAGAGCCGUCCUACGCUGCAGCGCGCAAUGACGAUGGAAGGCAUGCCCACGGUCAGCAAGGCCUACUUGUCCCUGGUGAGCCCCAGUGACGAGAAGACCUACCGUGACGUGCUACGGCGCUACACUGAUACGGAUGCUAUUGAUCAGAGUGAUCUCAGACAGUUUCUGGAGAAUGUGGGCUUUAAACCCCGGAACAAGGCCGAGCGCGAACUAAUGAACAACCUGCUGCGAAAUCUGGACACGUUGGAUGUGAAGUUCGAGCUGCUCUUCCAGGAAAUUAUUCCCAACAUCCGCCUUGGCUUCGCCGAGAUUCGCUCCGCCGAUCUCUCCAAGAGAUUCCAUGCAGCGGAUGUGGACAAGAGCGGGACGCUGUCCAUGAUUGAGCUGCUUCAGAUUCUGCGCUGGUCGGGGUACUUCCCCAGGCUGAACCAAAUGAUCCAAACCGUCACGGAGGUGAUCCCAGAGACUGCGGAACUUUUGCAGCAGUCUUCAUUCACAGCUUUUUUGGAGAAGGACAUCCUGUCGCUGCCCCAGUUCCACAUCCUGGCGCCGUUACUCGAGGAACGCGCCGAGAGCGACUUCGUCCAGAGGCGCCAGGAGAUUGCGGAGACAAUGGAUCUGGAUGAGCACACAGAGCGCCUUUGGGGUUUUGCCUUGGUAGACUUGCAGGAUGUGUUUCUCCGCCGCGCAAAGCACGACCUGCUGCCCUUUCCGUCCUUGCUGCAUCUGGCGCUGGACUGCGGCCUGGUGCAGCACCGCGGCUCCGGGUUCCGGGAGAAGCUGCGGAGCAUCGCGGCGGAGGAGGUUGCUCCGCAGCUCGUCGAGGAAGGUCUUGACUUGAACGACCCCAUUGCGGUUGAGCGUGCCCAUUUCGACUUCAGGCAAGUGCUGCGGAUUAUGACGCAGAUUAGGGAGAUCGAGAAUGAUCUCAUUGCGGAUGUUUUCGCAGCAGCAGACACUGAUGAUACCAACGGGCUGAGUGUAGAGGAGUGUAUUGAAUGUUUGGACAACUGCGGCAUCAAGGCUUCCGGCAAGCAAUCGCAGGAGAUGAUCCCAAAGCUGGUGGAGGAAUUCGAUGAGGAUGGCUCUGGGGAAUUGGAUUUGGAGGAAUACCUGGAGUUCGCCAAGUUCGUGGCAGACCGCAUGCGGAAGAUGCAGCAUGUGAGCAAUAUGGACAUGGCGCAGCGAGUUGGCUACGGUGAAGAGGAGUACCUCAGGUUCUGGGAUGCCUUCGUUGGAGCCGAUGACAACCUGGACAGCAUGCUGGAGGAGGAGGAGCUGCUCCAUGCGGUUUGGCAGGCACGCCCUGAGAUCGACAUCGCUGCCGGCGACGUCCGAGCCAUUCUGAAGGAUCAGGGCAUUGGUUACUGGAAGCAGGAGAUCCGGCUCACCAUGUAUGACUUCCUGCUGAUCAUGAAGGACGUGGAUCAACUGGGAACGUGGCGCACGUUGGGACAAGACAAGGGGGUUGAGAAGGAAUUGGUUGACUCCUUCAUUGGCCUCUGGAGAUCCCUGGCGCGCAAUAUCAAGGAGGACAAUGUUUCCGUCAAGGAGCUGCAGAGAGCUGUGAAGACCUUGCCAGGCGCUCCCGUGAAGCUGGCCAGGAUAAGGCUGCUGCAGCAAAUGGGCAUCGAAGCGAUUGACUUUGCGUCCUUUGUGCAAGUCAUGAAGACCAAGAAUUCCGAGCUCGGCGAUGGACUUGAUAUCGCAGAGAGCGACUUCUCGGGCCCUCUGAGCCCUCACGAGUUCAUGUCGCCCAUGAUAACGCCCAGCGCCCCUGUCCGACCCGCGGCCAGCAUUCGCAGAGGCGGGGAAGAGCCUGCAAGCGAGAUAAUGGUCCUUUGGUAG